CUCAAUGAUAAGGCAGAGGAGAAGUGUAAAGGUAAGUGCAGGGUAUGCCGAGAACCAAUCACUGAUUGGCAAUACUAUCGUUGUAGUAAGUGCCCUGAUAUACGCAUCCACACCCAUUCCUGUUCUCAAAUUCCACUCCAAUUCGAUCACCACCCCUUUCAUCCCCACCCUCACCACACCCUUUUCCUUUCCGGUAAACUCCUUCCAUCCCACUUUUGCUACGCUUGUGGUGGCAAUUGUUACGGAAGAGACUUGUUCAUCUACAAAUGUCUCGCCUCUGAUUUUGUCCUCCAUGUCAAGUGCGCUCUCCUCACCCCAACCCCCACCGCAAUCGCUACCAAAAACAACCACCACAACAAGAAGAUUCAAUUUCAAUUUCAGCACCGGAAGGACCAACCCAAUCACCCACAUCCCUUUAUAUUGUGUCAUAAGGAUCAGAAUUUGAUUUAUAAGUGCACUUGCUGUGACUUGGUUAUUAAUGAAGAUUGUGUCUAUGUAUGUUUACAGUGUAAGGGUUUGUUGCACAAUUCAUGCUUAUAGUUGCCAUGGGAAAUUAAACACCCAUUUCACUCCUCACAUCCUCUCGUCCUCCGCUCUCGGCCUGGCUCAUAUGACCGAGAGUUCAUCUGCAGCGUCUGUUGCCAGAGGCGGCACGGUUUCGCCUACCAUUGUUUUAAGUGCAAGUUUGUGGUAGAUGUUCAUUGUGCUUGUUUGAUACCUGAACAUGGUCAUACUCAUAUUGAACAAUUCAACCACUCCCAUCCCUUGUUUUUGUGCCACAAUAAUAAUAAAAAUGAGAAUCUUAUUCAUUCUUAUACCUGCUAUGCUUGUUGGCGGCCCUUGAACGAUUCCAUUUAUUUUUGCCCUGAAUGCUGUGCCCUGCUUCACAAAUCAUGUGCUAAUUUGCCUCCAGAAAUCGAGCACCUCCUUCAUGCUCACCACACUCUCACCCUCCACUAGUCAAGUAAAUACACGCAACAUGAAAUGUGGGGUAUGUUUGAGCGAUUGUCAUGGUUUUUUCUACGAAUGUUCCCACUGCAAGUGGUACAUGGAUGUUAGAUGUGCUUUUUUGCCAAAGCCCACUAUUAUGAGCAGGUCUAAAAUUCACCGCCACCCUCUUGCUUUGAUCUUCGCGGAAACUGCUCGAGUGGGUUGCAAGACCUGUGCAAAGUUCUGCCCCCAUAGCCCUUUAUUCCGUUGUGUGUGGUGCAAUUUCAGUCUCCAUGUCCAUUGUAUUCAGCAUUACCGCCUACCCUCAAAUACAAUAAUCAUAUCCAUCGCCUUACCUUCACCAAUUCUCCAAUUAAAGACCAUCAGGAUGAAGAUGAUGAGGCAGAGCUUUACCGUGAUGCUUGCGAAAAAAGAAGGGAUCUAGCACAAGCAACUUAUUAUUGUGAAAAAUGCCACAUCCUCAUUGCGUGGUGUCUGAGGAAUUUUUAGCUAUUGCAAUUCAAGUCAUAUAUCAAAGAUCCAAUGCAAGACCAAUAUAGAACAAAUCAAAAGAUCAUACAUAUUCUUGAAGAAAAGUGGUCAAAGCAUGAAAAUGUUGAGGAACCACCUGCACUGACAUUGAAAGAAUUUCUAGACUCAUUUUCAGAGGAUGAGAACAAAGAAGUGAAAGGUGUUUUUGAAGCGUACAGAAGGGAUGUCCGAGGAGAAACUGGCAUCUUUAAAAACAUCAAGAAUUCUGAGCUUAGGCACUCCGCACAUUUAGACAAGGUCUCUGCACGAGUCAUGAAAAAGCUUGUUUUUGAAGUUGAUGUUGCAAUGCCUUGGGAAAAUUGGGAUUCCACAUCAAAGGUUAUUAAGGAUGGAAACUACAUGAUUUUGGAGAUCCAGGUGUCCAUCCUAAAAGUCUUGUUUUCAAAAUAUGGGGACUUCAGUAAUAGAUCAAGACUUAGUACAAAGGCAAUUAUGUUAUUCAUAAUGACAGUAUGUGAAGCCGUAUACAACAUGUGCAACACCAAGGUCGUGGACAUAACUACUAGUCUACUUUUGACUUGGUUUCACUCCUUCGCUCUUGCUCAAUAUGCAAACUUUGAAAUUAUGUUUGUCAUUGCCCGUUUGACAAAACUGGUGUGUGCUCACUUUGGCCUCCAAGCUGAUUAUGAUGUUCCUGUAUACCUUAACCUUGCUGGACUGAGUGUCCAGAUCGCAAAGCAACUUGCAGUCAUAGAUUCCACAGCACUCGCCAUUGUUAAACAAGAUGGAGAAACUGAUGAUCUCCGGAAGAAGGUAGAUUCGAUGCAGCUAACCAUUAGCAAACUGGAUGAAGCUAUUCAAGAGCUUGAAAAUAAUAAACAAGCGAUUGGAAAGAAGAAACAGGCACUUGGAAAGAAGAAACAGAAACAUGCACUUGAAAAGAACAAGAAGGCACUUUUGAAGACGCGCGAGGAGAAGUGCGUAGAAAGGAGUGCUUGAUUGAUGCUCUUGAACUCGAGGGACAGAUGGCAGGCACAAUCCUGUUGUGAUGUGCAGCAAAGGCUCUCCUGUUACUAGCAGCAACCGUUGUUGCAACAGAUCAUACACAUUCUACAAGAAGAGUGGUCAAAGCAUGAAAAUGUUGAGUGCUUUUCAGGGGCCACUUGUAGUGACUUUAAAAGAAUUUUUAGAUUCAUUUACAGAGAAUGAGAACGAAGAAGUGCAAGGUCUUUCCAAAUCUUACAGAAGGGAUGUUCGAGAAGGUGCCAUCCUCCCAAAAAUCUUUCCAUCUUUAUACGAGGACGUGGAUGAGGACAAGAACAAAAAAAUACGUAUGGCCGUGGCCAUGGAAAAGUUUAUUUCUGAAGUUGAAGUUGCAAUGCCUUGGGAAAAUUAGGAUUCCACAUCAAAGGUUAUUAAGGAUGGAAACGACAUGAUUCUUAAGAACCAAGUGUCUACCCUGAAAGGCUUGUUUUCCAAAUAUGGGGACUUCAGUAAUAGAUUGAAACUUAGUACGAAGGCAAAUACAUUAUUCAUGAUGGUAUCCUAAGCUAUAUACAGCAUGUGCAGCACCAAGGUUGUGGACAUAACUACAAGUAUACUUUUGACCUGGUUUCACUCUUUUGCUCUUGCUAAAUCUGCAGACUUGAAAAUUAUGUUUGUCAUUGCAAAAAGAACCAUCAACAAUGUAGAGAGAUCAUACAUAUUCUAGAAGAAGAGUGGUCAAUGCAUGGAAAAGUUGAGGAGCUACGUGCACUAACGUCGAAAGAAUUUUUAGAUUCAUUUACAGAUGAUGAGAACAAAAGUGUAAGGUCUUUUUGAAGAAGCCUACAAAAGGAGUGUUCAAGGAGAAAAAGGCAAGAUCUUGCUAUGUUUAUACGAGGACAGGGAUAAGGAUGAGUACGACAAAAUAGAUAUGAUCAAGGUCUUGAUGAAAAAGUUUGUUUCUGAAGUUGGAAGUCACAUUGCCUUGGGAAAAUUGGGAUUCCACAUCAAAGGCUAUAGAGGAUGGAAACUACAUGAUUUUGGAGAAUUGGGUGUCCAUCCUAGAAGCUUUGCUUUCCAAAUACGGGGACUUCAGUAAGAGUUCAAGACUUGGUACAAAGGCAACGAUGUUAUUCACAAUGACAGUAUGUGAAGCUGUACACGACAUGUACAGCACCAAGAUCGGGGACAUAACUACAAGUCAACUUUUGAUAUGGCUUCUCUCCUUCACACUUGCUCAAUAUGCAGGCUUUGAAAUUCAGUUUGUCAUUGCUCGUUUGACAAAACUGGUGCAUGCUCACUUUGGUCUCCAAGCUGAUGAUGACAUUCCUAUAGACCUUGAGCUUGCCAAAAUGGGUGUCCCAAUUGCAACACAACUUUCAGUUGUAGAUUCUAAAGAGCUCAGCAAUAUUGAACAAGAUGGAGAAACUGAUGGUGAUCUCUGGAAGAAGGUAUCUUUGCAGCUAACCAUUAUGAAACUAGAUGAAGCCAUUGAAGAUCUUAAAAAGAAGAAACAGGCACUUUUGAAGAUGCAAGAGGAUAGGUGCUUAAGAAAGGAGUGCUUGAUUGAUGUUCUAGAACUAGAGAGACAGAUGGCAGGUGCAAGCCCAUUGUGAAAGGGUCUACUACUACUAGCAACUACCAUUGUUGCAGCAGGUUUGUGGUCCUUGGCUCUUGUGUUGAUUUGAUUAUGUCUCAUUUCAUAGGAAUCAUUAUGUACACAUAACCAACCAUGUAAAAUAGAGGCAGAACACUCCAUUGAUCACAAUUAUUCUUCACUUUGAUUCC